CUUUUUCCCUUUUCUUUUUUUUUUUCUUACCUCUUGCAUACAUUUAUAUCUGUACAUAUAUAUAUGAUUUUUCGAUGGACGACUUUGAUGACAUUGUUUUAGAUGACUAUGAUCCUUUCAAUAAUGAUAGCGACAACAACAAUACAAAGGAUGCGCAAAUUGAUCCGUUAGCUCCAGCGAACACCAACAAGCACAAUAAGAAACGAAGUACCCGAGAUGAUCCAGUUGAAGGCGAUGAAGAAAGUACCAAAACAAUAAAGAAACAAAGACGAAAAUUGAAGAAACUAGAUCAUGAAAUAUUAUGCUCUGCAGAGGGAUUGACUCGAUUACGAAACGAAACACCUUGGCUCAAAUUUGGUGGGAAAGGACAUGAAGACGAAGAUCUAUUGAAACUUAUGCGAUACUAUAGGAUGUGGGCUUACAAGAUUUAUCCAAGAUAUAACUUUACUGAUUUUGCAUCCCGUGUUAUGAAAGCCAGUGCCAACAAAAAUUGCAAGAUGAAAUUGGAUCAAUGGAGGGAAGAAUAUAUAUUCAAGAACAGUCCUGAUGAAGCUGGAAGUGAAAAGGUAUCUCAUGAACGUGUUACUGGUGAAUUAUCAGGCAUGACCUUGGAGGAUGAAGAUCAACAAAAUAGACAUCACAGUGAUAGUGACGACGAAUCAUCAUCAUCAUCAUCAUCAUCAUCUGAAAGUGAAGAUGAUCACAACAAGGCAACUCGACACGAUACUCUAACUGAUCUUCCUGAUGACCGUUCUAAUUUACUACCAACUACAAAUGAAAAAUCAAUGACUACUAAUAAUGAUCUGGAUGAUAACAAUGACGAAGAAGAAUCUUUAUUUAUGAAUACCCCUUCAAAAUCUAGUUACAAUACAAAUAUUUUAUCUGUUGAUGAUUUUUUUGCCGAUUGAAUAAAAAGCAUACAGAAGUACGUCCUGACUGAACAAAGCGCGGCCUUCCAAAUCAAUUUUAC